AGCCAGGAUGGCAUCAUUCUGUUUAUGUCAGGUUGUAACAAGGGGGUGAAAGAUUUGCCAAGCCUCUUUGUUGACAUUCGGGACUGGAUAACUGGGUAAUUUGGUGUAAAGGUUUAAUCGACAAGGACCGUAUAAAAGAAGUGAGUGGUAACUUUCAGUAGCGUUUCGCAAGUUAGGAAAUCAAAUUUCCUGUUACUGCAUCAGCAUCAGGUAUUGGAAGCUCCAAAACAAAGUGUCUUUCAAAUUGUUUGAAGAUGCCUCGUCCUUUAUUUCAAAGAAGCUGUUGCUGGGACCCUUUUCAGGAGAAGACACAAAACCUUUUCAACCAAAACACAGACCUUCCCGGUUUCCUCAGACCCGAAGAGGUUAGCUGGAUCGAAUCGGCAAGGAAAAGAUUAGGAACUUCAACCGGGCCAGAAUCUGUACCUAUCUUCAGCCAUUUGUGCAUGGAGAUUCCACCUAAAUCAUGUACUGGAUCAGAAGGACACGUUUCUGAAACUUUGUGUGAACAAAUGGGACAGCAAAACUGGAAAAUAUGUUUAGAUGUCAGUCCAUUUUCUCCAGAUGAGAUAAACAUCAAAACCAAUGAGGGAUAUUUGGAGAUAACAGGUAAUCACGAAGAAAGGCAGGAAAAUCACCGGCUGAUCUCUAGAAGCUUUACAAGAAAAUACAAGCUUCCAGCUGACUUAGACCUAAAACAGAUCAGCUCCAAGCUGUCCCCAGAUGGUGUUCUCUCAGUUGAGGCCCCAUUACCUGGCUCUAAUGUCAGUCUCCCUGGAGAGACUGUCAUCCCUAUUCACAUGAUGGACAAACAGUUACCUGCAAAAUCAGAUGAACUAUGCCUAACCAGUAACAAGUAAAUGUGUACAGGUUAGGCUUAGCCCAUCUGAUUUCAUAUGUACAGUAUGUGUAUAUGUGUGUUGAAAGGAUUGAGUGUUUUCCUAACCUUUUGUUGUUAACCUAAUUUACACAAAUAAAUGCUGAUCACACAGCAGUGGAGUAAUGCUUCAGGUCACAUCCUCUAGAUGGUGCUGGUAUUUCAAGCUGUAGAGCUGACACCAGAUUCGCUGUGCUUUUAACUUCACUCUAACACACUGCUUGUGUGACAGAUCAUGAUACAGUCACUUAUGAAACCCAAAGCCUUCCUCCAUUGGUUUCCUUCUUGGGGUGUUCAGAAGUAUGGAGGCAGGUUUCUCCUUAGCUCCACACUUUUACCUUGACUAUUUCUGUAUGUGUUACACAGCUUUCAUCACAUUACUCUGGAGGGAGUCAUCAAAUGACAUGUCUAUGCAUGGUAAAAAAAGCAGCAAUGUGUUUUCAAAUACUCAGUAUUUCCAUUGUUCCAUCACUUUUGUAUGAUUUCAUUAUAUCUGACAUAUAAGCUGGUACUGAGGAGUUUUUUUAGCAUCCUUAAAAUACUAAAAUGCUUCAAAUGCUGUCAAAAUGUGUGCUGCUGACAGUUAAUCAAGCAUUUGCCUAUACAUCUCUCAUCUGGAUUUGUUGCUUAUAGGGCAUGAAACAGCUUCAUCUGUCAUUCCAGCAAUUUUUCAAAGGAUCAGUAUGUGCUCAUAACGAUUUUCAUUACAGGAAAACACAGUUAAGUGGAGAAUACAGCUAUAAAAAACCUGACAGUAAGGAUUUAUUUAUUUCCUGGCUCAAUUAUGACUUAAUGUAUCAACACGUUACUUUACAGAGUCUGAGACUAUUAAAAUUCUUAUGAUGAUUGCUGUUAGUACAUGGCAGAUGAAAUGAAGAGCUGGAACUAGGCUUGUAAAUAUACACCACAUAACACCGGGUCACCAUCGUUUAACUUUGUGCACACAUGGUGGACAUGCCAAAAAUACAGCCAAGGGAGGCUCCUCUUACAUGACAAGUCUUAAGUUAUUCAGAAGGAAAGAGGGUGUUGAAAUAGUGAGAAUGCCAAGGAGCUCUGCAGGGGCUGCUUUCUACCGUCUGUGGUAUGAGCAUCUGUAAUGAGUGAAUGAGGAUUUAUGACACAAUAAAAGUUUGGUUUGUCAACAUGUUCACAAUUCAGUGUUACAUGCAUAAAGUAGAUAUAUGAACAUAUCUGUUAAUCACGUUUAGGGCUUUUUAGUUGUUGUUUUUUUGUGUGAACUUUCACUUGGUAUACUUUAUAUAUGUUCAGGAAAAAAACAACAACUAAACAAACACAAAAAAAAAGGUUAAAAGUGUUUUGUUCAUGUUCAUGUUUUCUAUAGAAUAGUAUUCCCUGGACUGUAGCAUAUAAAUGACCUUGAAUGAAUUUUGCUCUUGACCAAGAUUGUUUAUGACAUUAAGGGAUUUCCCAUGAUCAUCUCUGUUUGAAGUAAAUAAUACAAUUGUCCUUUAUACCAAGUAAAGUUUUAUUUUGGCUAAUGUUUAAUUUGGUUAAUUUUUGCUUAUGUCUCUUUUAUUCAUUUAUUACAACCCUAACCUACUUAAAGCUAUGCAUGCUGAGAAUGUGCAGGGCUCAGGGCUACACUCAUUUGCCCUGCUGUAAAAAAUCUGACAAAUGUUAUUCUAGUGUUGGUGUCAGUUUUUGAGUGAAUGAAGCCAUAAAAAAAAAAGAGUUACACAUAUGUUUAAGGGGGAUGUAUGGUGAUAUUACAAUAGUCUUAAUAUCCAAUAUAACACAUGAGAAAACACUUAAGCCCAAGUUGAUUUUUUGGCGCAUAAUUGGAGAGCAUAUUUUAAGCAUAUUUCAAAAAACAGUAAUGUUAUUUGUUUUAAACAAACCGUUUAAUCAAAACGGUUGUUAAAAAUGUUUUAAAUUGAUAAAACGGUUAAAAAGGCAUUUGUACACUACGGUUGUGAAAUGUUAACGGAACAUAGAUAAUGUUAUAAGCUAAACCCGCAAUUAACUGUAAUUGGUUGUAAAUCAUUAUAAAGAAUGUGCCAGAAAAGUGAGAAAUUGUCUAACUAGCAUAAUUUUUUUGUACAUGUGAAACUUUAUUUGAUAUUAUUUCUAAUGCAAUGGAAUUUAUACACAAAGUAACUUGCAUGUCCAUCUGAAACAGAAUGCUUUUUCAGGGCCAAUAUAUGUGCCAAGUGCAAUUUAAUGCUUUUAAACGUAUUACACAAACCAAAGUUUGACACUCCCCACAUAACACUGUCAACAUAUCUUUCUUUGCUAAAUAAAGUGCAUGUAAAAUAUCUCAAACUAAUUAAUAUUAAGACAAUAUAUUUCCAUACCCAGUUCUAAAACAACACUCAGGAAAAAUAGCAUUUACUUAAGAGAUUUUUUUUAAAUAUAACAAAUACUUAUCUUGAAGUAGGAAACACAAUAUCCAGUGGUGAUGUUGCUGCAUAGUGAUAACAAAGUCUAGCAGUUCUACAUAUGUCUCCUUGACAUUUAACAGUUACAUUAAAUAAGAACUAAUCCAUGUGCGACUAAGACAGUCUUGUUUUUAGAGUCACUGGUGUAUCAUAGUACAUCUGUUGACAUUCCAUGCAUAUUUUGAGGCAGUAUUGAAUGUCAUCAAAAUUAAUUAGUUACAUAAAUGAAACUGAUUUAUCCAACAGAAGUAUCAUAUAUACUGAAACUUUACAUUCAUGUGUAUCUAAACUUCACAGACAAAACAAUAAAACACAAGUACAAUAUUUAUAAUCUAGUGGAAAUAUGCACAUAUAUAUAUGCAGUACAGUAAGUUGUUUCCAUUUUUAGAAUGAUUGUCAGUGGCAAGUGUUUCACCUGAUCAAUUCCUUUGACUCCCAUUUGUGCCAUAUUAGACAUUAGUUAGCCAUAUUUAACUUUGCUUGGCUGGCAGAACAUAUCCAAUAUAAGGCAGUAUGGACAAGCCCUGAAGACUGUUCAGGAGACAGCUCUGUUCGUGAUUGUGGUGAGAACUCUAAUUUCUUCAAGGAUUACAGUUUGUCAUUGGUUGUAACAAAUACACUUACAACAAAUGAUUAGACGAAAAUGGAGACAUUCCCGUUCAAGUUUUUUCAUUUAUAAUAAUUACAUCAAUAUACGUGACAUAUUAAAAAAUAUCACAAAUAUGUGGUACGAUGUAGCUAAUGGAGAAAUUUGAGUACAGAAAAGUCACCUGAAUUUUAAAUCUAUUACAGGGCUGCUGGAAUAACAUCACUACUGGGAAGGGAAAAAA